UAACUAUUUUAUGAAUCUAUUUUAACCUAUAAAUAAAUGUUUUCAAAGUUUUAAAUAAUACAAACCCAAAAUGUUUUCUUCUCUUUUAAAUAAAGUUAAUCCAAUAAAAUUAGGCUGUGGGUUUCAUACCACUUCAUGCUUAAAUGAAGUUCGCUUGUUAACCAGGCUACGAGUGGUAGACAACUCCGAGAUCGGAAAACGAGCCAUGGCCGAGGGAAAACCACCUAGAAUUAUCUGUGUUUAUAACAAACAACGUGUUGGCUACAUUGGGGACAGAGUGAUGGUAGCAAUUAAAGGACAGAAGAAGAAAGGCAUUUUAGUUGGACUGAAGCAAACACAAAAAGUAAAAGUACCCAAAUUUGAUAGUAAUAAUGUGGUACUGAUUGAUGACAAUGGCACUCCACUUGGCACCCGCAUUCAUGUACCCAUACCCACAAUCCUACGUACUAUACUUAAGGAGCGAACACACUCAAAAGGUGCAGAUUAUACUAAGUUACUAGCUAUAGCAACAAAAUUUGUUUAGGUAUCCAUUAUUAAUAAGUAGGUAGUUAAUAAAAAUUGUACAUUAUUUUUAAACUUGUUUUAA